AUGAAUUCAAUCAAAUAUAACUUUACUGCAAGGUCGAGUUCAGGAAUGGGUGCGGGAACUGCCGUUCAUUUUGCUAAAUUGGGUGCAAAAGUAGUGGUGAACGGAAGGGAUGCGAAAAGAGUGGCCGCUGUGGCACACGAGUGCCGACAAGUGGCUAAAACUUCUGCAAAUGUGUUGGCAGUUGUGACUGAUCUUCAGGACGAUAAACACGUUAAAGAUUUGGUACUGAAAACUAUCGACACAUUUGGCAAAAUUGAUAUACUUGUCAACUGCGCCGGUAUUGUGGGUCGGAGUGGUGUAAUGGACCCGGAAUACCAGCAAUUGUUUGACCGAAUAGUUCGCGUGAAUCUACGGAGUGUUGUGUCACUCAUAUCACUGGUUGUGCCAUAUCUGGAGGCCAGCAAAGGGUGUAUUGUCAACGUAUCCAGUAUUUCAGCACAAACUCCGUGGAGAAGAUCGUGGACAGCAUAUGGCUUAACCAAAUGUGCCCUGGAUAAUUUGACCAAAUGCAUGGCCAUGGAGUUGGGACCAAAAGGCAUUCGUGUCAACUCUAUUCUACCGGGUAUUAUCUUAACCCCAAUGAUCGGUGAAUCAUCGUUUAGUGAUGAACAGGCUAUAAUGUAUUGCGAGUCUAUGUACCCAUUGAGAAGACCUGGCCAUGUCGAGGACAUUGUAAAGGUUAUAGACUUUUUGGCGUCAGAUAACUCCAGUUUUAUAACCGGUAUAUCAAUACCCAUCGAUGGUGGAUCCAUCGUUGGUCCCAGAGUGGCACUCAUUACUGGCUCGAGUGCAGGUGUGGGCAAGAAAUUUGCCCUCUCUUUGGCCAAAGUAGGCUUCAAAUUGGUUAUCACCGGAAGAGAUGAGAAGAAAAUCAAAGAAGUGGCUGAAGAGUGCCGUCAAUUGUCUAAAGAGAAAGUACUUGAAAUCAAAGCGGAUCUUCUGAAUGAUACAGAAGUAGAGAAACUGAUCCAAAAGACGAUUGAAGAGUUUGGACGUCUGGAUGUGUUGGCCAAUUGCGUCCAGAUAACAGUCCCCUGUUCUAUAAGCGAUGCCAAUAUUAUGGAUACUUUUGAACGGGUCUUCAAUACAAACGUGCGCUCACUUGUGGUCAUAACACGACUGGCUAUCCCACACCUACUGUCCACUAAAGGUGCGGUCCUUACGCUGACUUCGGACUCUGGAUUACUGCCCUAUGAAUCUGAAUUCCCAUUUUGUGUGUCUGAAUCUGCGGUCGACUAUUUCACUAAAGGGUUGGCAUCUGAUAUGAAACGGCAAGGAAUUACUGUUCUCUCGCUUAAUUCAUCACUGGUUAUGAGCUCCGAGUUUGAAAGAAAUCCGUGGUUUAGUACAGCUCUUUGUUCACGACUAUAAAGAUUAAUAAUAAAAUCUUUCACAUGAAAA